AUGUUUACGGUAAGUGAAUGUGAUUUAAUUUCAAAUACGCUCACCUCGCAUGACUCUGCACCUAUUCGUGGUAGACCUACACUAAAAGAUGCUGAGCGAUUUCGAACCGGGUCGAUUAUCCACGAAUCAAAAAAUACCUUCGGGUACGUAAAAACUUGCAUAUACAAUUGCCAAAAAUACACAAAAAGUUGCCAAAAAUAUUAUACAAAAAGUGAACAAAAAUGUGACAAAAGUACUACUGAAAUGACGAAUAAUACACAGACAAAUUUACAAAAAACAAACGUAAACUCACAAUCAAGUUGCUGUACUGUUAACGAGUACAUGGACAACAUAGCCGCCAGUAGAAAGGCUAUAAAGAACAUGGACAAUGCGAUAUCGUCUGAACAGACAACAAUCAAGAAUUUCUCAACACUUUUGAGCAAAGAUGAUAUGGAAAACAAGAAUGUGUCCACAGAUCAAUGUAUGUCAGGUAUCAAUAUAUCUAACAACUGUAUUUAUAAAUUGAAUAACCAGAAUAUUGAAAUAACAGGUCUGUCAAAGCACAAUCCUAUGCGUAUAAAGAAACUUCCAGUGCGAUCACGAUAUGCAUUAUUUUAUAACGUCUGCACACAAAAACAUGUUACUGACUUUGCUACCAUUGGUUGCCAUUUACGUCACCGUGACCGUGAACCCAGUAGAAUACAGGUGAAAUGGUUAACUAGGAAGUUUGGAAAAAGUCGAUUGUUGAGAAAACGUCUCAGACAUAAGAUCAAAAGGUCUGUACCCAGAUCCUCUCAUCUUCAUUAUAUAGUAGAGAAUAUUAUGCAUUGUCAAGACAUUAGGAUGAAGUGUAUCCCUGAUGUUUACUGCCCAAAGAAGGUUCACAAGAAAUGCCGCACAAACCGUUCAGCAAAAGAUUUAAAAUUUUAUAUUUGUGAAGGAAUUCUUGCAGAUAUAUUCUAUUUAUCAAGUUCGACUCAUGAUUCAUAUGCACAACAGGUAUACAAAAAUGUCAACCACUUAAAGAAUGUGUAUCAGUCAGCAUUAUCUACAGAUAUUGAGACAAAUCCUGGACCCGUAUUCUAUAUUGAUCCAAGCAAGACAAUCAGUGCACCAUAUAGCCAAGGUAAUCAGAUUAUAUUUGGAGAAACAGCAGGACAGCAGUGUUUAGCAAUGUGUUUAUGUGCCCUUAUAUACAACAAAAGACAGAACAUAUGCUCACCACAAGACCUGGUUAAUGUAAUGAAUAUUGGUAAUGAACUAUAUUCAAACUUAUCGUGUUUAGCACGGCAAUCAUUUUUAUUGUUUACAGAGUUGCCUUCACAACUUACAGUAUUUGACACAGAUUAUAUUUUUGAGUACAGUGAGAGCUAUAGUGGUAAUAUAACUGGAGACUGUUCUAUUGAAGGGUAUCAGUACUGGGUUCCAUUUCACAGAUCAUUUGAAUUGCUCCUAGCUGAAAACUAUUCUGCAUUCAUUUUAACAAUUGACUCCAAUGCUGUUUGCAUAUUUUCUACCACUGAUGGCAAGUAUAAAGUUUUUGACUCUCAUUCAAGAGAUAUUUAUGGCAGAAGUCAUCCACAAGGUACAUGUGUUCUGUUAGAACACAGUUAA